CAGUAAGACUUUUUCUCAGGGUGGGAGUGGACAGACUCUGGGCAGCAGAGAGGCAGCAGUGUGAGCUGCAGUGUGAGGGAGAGAGUGUGUGUGUGUACAGUAUGCUGCUGCUGAAGUUUGUGUGUGCGGUUCUGACCCGGGCUCUGUUUCUGCUGCUGGCUCUGCUGGCUGUGUGGAGAGUGUGCUUGGUGAAGAAUCACCACUGGUUCUGGCUACUGACCGUCCUCUUCACCCCCCUCCUGCUGGAGACCAUCAUCACCCUCAAACGUAGCAAAGGACAAGAGUACAAAUGGUUUUCUCCAGCUAUUCUAUUCUUCCUCAUCAGUAUUAUUCCCUCCAUCUGGAUUCUGGAGCUUCACCACCAGGAGAGCAAAUCCAGCGACCCACAGUGUAAGAAGCUGGACUCAUGGAACAGUGUGAAGAGCAUGGUAGAGUCUUUCAACGCCACACAUGGAAAUGACACACUGAAGAGAUUAGAGGACAUCCUAUCUAUCGUCUGUCCGAAUGACUGGAUCCUCGCCCUUCAUCAGUGCCUUCUGAUUCUCCUCAUCCUGGGGAAGUGGCUCCUUCCUCUGGGGGGCGGGUUGACCCGAGACGAGCUGUCUCAGCUGCUGCUGAUUUUCGUUGGCACGGCUGCUGACAUCCUGGAGUUCACCAGUGAGACGCUGUCUGAUGUCAAGGAUAAAAGUCCUCAGCUGGUGUAUAUAAUUCUGGCAGUGUGGACGUGGAGCAUGCUGCAGUUUCCUCUUCACCUGUCAGUGGUGACGUCCAGGCCGGACGAGUCAGUGGAGAAGGAGGAGGAGGAGAAGCAGACCGGCUGCUGCAGGUGUGUUCUGAUAGAGAGACACAGCACAGACAUUUGGAACAUCGUUGAGAGCCUGUUCAUCCAGGACGGGCCGUUUCUCGUUGUCCGCCUGAUGGUCAUGGCCUACUUCAAGGUGUUCCACCAGAUGCUCCUGUUCUUCGCCAUCAAGAACUUUCUGGUGGUCAUUCUGAACCUCUACAGGCUGGUGGUCAUCUGCCUGGAUGCCAAGCCUUCAGCCAGACCCUCCUCUCCUACACUCUGAUGAAGGGACACAUGAUGCAGAUAGACAUAUAUAUAAAAAAAAAAACUAUUGGCACCAGGCCUACUGAAAGGUGUGGGAUUGAGCGAUAUAACAACCGACCCCUCAGCAUUAAGUUCUGGAACGGUAUUGGUUACUUUUGGAAUGAGUUGGGGAGUUAGGGAUAAGGAGGUAAGCUGGUGAUCAUUCAACAUCGCGACUCACGA